AUGUUUAAAUUAUCGGAGAUUGUACGCUGGCUUGGUCUUACGGAAUUUGAAAUAUUAAUAAACCUAUGUGGAAUGCUUACCUUUACUGUGGUAUUAGCAUUUAAGAUAUCUGGAACUUAUACAAAUUCAGUGAUCGAUUGGUUUACCACCUUCAGUCCCUUAUUUUGUAUUGAUAUUUUUAAUGCAUACUUCUGUGUAAUUGUAGGCAUUCGAAUGUAUCUUGACUCGGACAACAAGCGAAAAGCACUCCAUAGAGUUAUGUGGAGCUCGUAUUUUCUCGUGUUAAUUGCAAUAUUUAAAUAUUUAUUAUGCUUAAAAUUAUCUGAACAAACUGAAUUAGAAUAUAGCGAAGUUUUUUCACCACUUUUUGUUUUGCUGCAGUUGGUGGCAAUAAGAGCUUGUCAAAUACCGAACUCAUAAUAAAAUUCUUAUGUAUUUCUUUCACUACA